AUGGAGCAGCCAAACCACCAUGAAAUCCCCCUCCAGGCCAUAAAAAAUUGUACCGAAGAUUUCAACAAAAGAAACUUCAUCGGGAGGGGUGGAUAUGGAAGUGUCUAUAAGGGAAUCCUCACCUGGGGGUAUCAUGUAAACAAGCCAGUUGUUGUAAAACGGCUACAUGUCACUAGGGGUGAAGGGUUUUGUGAUAUUAAUGACAAGAUGAUCCUCGUUUAUGAAUACGCAAUCCAUGGAAGCCUCGACACACAUUUACAUAACCCUUCAGCUGGACUUUCAUGGCCACAACUCCUCAAUAUAUGCAUUGACGUUGCUUCUGCAUUGGAUUAUCUUCAUAAUCACGUGGCAGAAAAACAUAGAAUAAUACAUCGUGAUAUAAAAAGCGCGAAUAUUUUGUUAGACGACAAUUGGAAUGCAAAACUUGCGGAUUUUGGGCUCGCUACAAUAGGUCUAACAAAUCAACAAAACACCUUUGUGAUCACUAACCCUGCUGGCAUGCCGGGUUAUUAUGACCCACAAUACGAAAGAACAGGUUUAUUAACAAAAGAAUCAGAUGUCUACUCAUUUGGAGUAGUUUUGUUUGAAGUUUUGUGUGAAAGGUUGGCUUGUGUUGUAAAUUACCAUGAUGAGCGGCGAUUCCUUCCCCAUUUGGCCAGAACCUGCUACAAAAAUGGAGAGAUAAAUAAGAUUAUUGAUCCAAGAAUAAGGGAAGACAUCAACCCAAGAACAUUGCUCAAAUUUUCAGCUGUUGCUUAUCAAUGCUUGCAAGAAACUCGGGAAGAACGACCUACAAUUGGUGAGGUUGCAUUCCAGUAUGAACUUCCCUAUUAUCAAAGUUUUAGUAUUAAUUGGUUUUUCAUCAAAUUCAUGAAUAUGGACAUAUUUUAA